GGGUAUAAAGGGCGCUGGGGAGGAGCGGGGCGAGCCCGGAGCCACGAGCGAACCGAGCGGAGCCGAACCCAGCGGAGCCACCAGCGCCCCACCAUGGCCACCCCCGAGCCCGCGACGGCGCAGCCCAAGGCGGAGGAGCAGCAGAGCAUCGGGACGCGCGUGGCCAACCUGCCCCUGGUGAGCUCUGCCUACGACAUGGUGUCCAGCGCCUACAGCUCCACCAAGGAGAGCCACCCCUACGUCCGCUCCGUCUGCGAUGUCGCCGAGAAGGGGGUGAAGACGCUGACGGCGGCGGCCGUGAGCGGGGCCCAGCCCCUCCUCACCCGGCUGGAGCCACAGAGUGAGUGAGGG